AUGACAGAUGGUGGAGCCUCUGUAGCACAGUUCUACUCGAAUCACACACCUAAAAACCAUCCAGAUGACAAUAAUGGCAAUUCCAGCGAUAGAAUUAUAGAUUUGCUGAAAGAUUUCAAAAACGAUGAACUGGAAAAGUUUUUCCGUUUGGAUGAGACCGUGCGGUGGAUAGUGGAGAAUGGCUACAAGCGUGUAGCACUCCAACUUCCUGAUAACUUUUUGCCGCGAGCAUAUCAUAUCGCCAAAUUUAUCGAAUCGGAGGCGGAUGUGAAGACAUUCGUGUUGGCUGAUACCUCUUAUCGAAGUUGUUGUGUUGAUGAAGUUGCUGCUUCCCACGCAUCUUGUGAUGCUAUCAUCCAUUAUGGAGAUGCCUGUUUGAGCGCUCUCACCGAGAACAUCCCAGUCAAAUUCGUUUUUGGCAGUUUUCCUGUGGACUUAUCCGGCUUUGAACAGGUUGAAUCGUAUCUGAAUGCCUCUGAUGACAUUGAUGUGCUCUUACUUACUGAUGCUUGUUAUUCGAAUAACUUGGAUGGGCUUGGCAAGAUAGCAGAGAAAUACAUUCGACCCGGAAGAUUAUUUCGCGCUGUUGUUGUUGAUCCUUCUGACAAGAAUGCUUGCUCGAGCGAUGAAAAUCUUAUCCUGACUCUUGGUCGCCUUCUGGAUCCAGAAUUUUGUAAAGCAUCUUCGGUAUUCGUAUGCUUUGUUGGAGAUCCCGCUAGUCCUUUAAUACCGCUGUGGUUAAUGACCUAUCCUCAGUGCUCCUCUUUGCUUAUAUUUGAUCCGCAGACUUCAACAUUUGAGGAGCAUAAGUAUUCAAAGGUGACCACACGUGAGCUUCAGCUGAGAAGAGUAGCGGCGAUGAAAAGGGAUGAAACCGUAAAGGCUAACAAGGGAAUAAAAGUAAGGACAGAAGAUCGACGCAGUGCGCCCCGUGCACGUACGAAAAGAAUGACAAAUGAUCUCGUUUAG